CCCAUAAUGGAAUCCUUAGAAGGGGCAUGUGACCAGCUAACCCCGGAAGCCAUCCUGUCUGCAUAGAGAAGUGUAGCAGGGAGAGACGGAUAAAUGGAGCAUCUGACCAGUAUGGAAAAGAAAAAUUAUAACUCGAGAGAAGGGGGACCCAAAAUAUUUCUAUCCAAGGAGCCAGUUUCUCAUCCGGCCUUUGAUAAGGUAGAAACAAUGCCAAUGGUAAAAUCUGGGAGUUAUGCGGAUUACAUUUUUCAGGAGGAGACGAAGAGUACUGUACCAAAACACCAAGUUAGCAGUGUGGGUGUAAGAGAAAAUGAAGUUUGCAUUAUGGAGCAAGCAGCGAAUCAAACUACAAAGUCUGUAGGAGUGAGAAGCAGUAUUAUUGUCAGCACCCGACAGCGAGGAAACUCACUACUUAAAUAUUUGCGAAAUGUGCCAUGGGAGUUCGGAAACAUUAUUCCCGACUAUGUACUUGGGGAAACCUGCUGUGCUCUCUUUCUGAGUCUGCGUUACCAUAAUCUGAAUCCAGAGUACAUACAUUUGCGUCUGAGGUCCCUUGGUCAAUCCUUUGCACUACGUGUGCUUCUUGUACAAGUGGAUGUGAAAGACCCUCAUUUUUCUCUUAAAGAGUUGGCAAAGAUCUGUAUCCUUUCUGAUUGCACACUAAUACUAAGCUGGAGUCCUGAGGAGGCUGCCCGGUACCUUGAGACAUACAAAUGUUAUGAGCAGAAGCCUGCAGAUGUGCUGAAAGAAAGAACUGAGAAGGACCUUAUGUCCAGAAUGGCAGAGUGUCUCACAACUGUUAAGUAUGUAAACAAGACAGACAGCUGUACUUUAUUCACCACAUUUGGGACUUUGUUUGACCUUGCAAAUGCAUCACGUGAAGAUCUUUCUUUAUGCCCUGGCCUUGGACCUCAGAAAGCUAAAAGACUAUAUGACACAUUUCAUGAACCAUUCCUAAAAACAAGCACAAUGACAUUUCAGUGAAAGUCUUUGGAACUAACGGAACAGCAAUGAUUCCACGUGACUGGGACAACCUAAAGCUAUGUAAAAGGAUUUUUUUUAGGGAACUAAUUUCUGUUACAUAAUUUCUGUUAAGUGUGAAAAAUUAAAAUGUUGUGUGGCUAUUUCCAAUUUGCAACUUUUAAUUUGACAUUUAUUUGUUUGCACAUUUUGUAUGCCAUAGGGCUGGUUUACCUAUCUAACCUGUAGUGCAAAAGUGCAUUUAUUAAAACUCUAUUUUUGCGUA